UAAACUAGCCCCGACGAUGUGUUUGUGAACAAUUCCUGGAAUACUUUUUCUAAUUGGGAUAUUUUUAUUGCAGAUGUUCCUUCUCUCCUUUCUGGGUGUAAUAUUUUUCGGAAUUGCUGGAAUUUUAUUAAUAUUUGUUUACACCGCCACUGUACUUUGGUACAUAAUGACAAUCCUGUGCCUAUGUCUCCUGUUGUCAGUCCUCUUCUUAAUAGACGCCGCAAUGAUACUCGCAUUUUGGAAACGAAGCUGCAACCAGUGUUGUUGCGCGAGUCAGGCUGAAAUAUUGUACCAGAAGAAGAAUUUUUGUCAUCCUUUGUGCGAAACGGUCAAAUACGACCUGACGACUAGCAUCAGCAGCCUCAGAAUACCUUCUGGAGAUGAGGGUGCGACUCCUGACCACACUUACCGAAAAGUCGGAUAUGGACAUCGACGGCAGUAUGUCGAUUGUCCAACGAGUGCUCCAUCAGCGUCCAAAGUCGACGUUGCUGAAGUUCAAACAGAACCCCGAAGGACAUUCCACAUAGAGAGCCAAACCCAACGGAGCGUAAAAGAGAUUCCAGUGCAAACAGUGAGCAGAUGCGAGAUGUGCAAUCAACAGAUGCAAAUUUUUUCGACGACCGCGGACGUCCAAGCUACAAUGCAAUCAGCGCCAUGCACUCCCUGCCCUGCUCUCGUGCAGCUUAUCCGAGGAGUGCCGUGUUGUUCAGGUUGCAGGUGCGUGGCAGGUAUAGUUCAAGUCCCGCAGCAAAGCCAACAGCAGCAAACGCAGCGAUCGGAUCAAGAUAAAAAACCGGCCAAGGAUCAAGUGAAAUGGGUGCAACAGGACCAAAAAUCUUACGGAAUGUUGACGAGUGGACAACACGAACAGCCAAAAAUGACGGGAAUGGCGGGAACGAUCACUAAGCUCACGCUUGCAUCCUACUCUGUCACACCCAGCAAGAAAACUCACACUUCGAGUCAAACUGGUGGCGACGAUACGAAGACAAGCAAAAGCACGCCUACCUCGUCUGAAGAAAAGAAAUCAAAAGUGAACGCGCUUCAAAGGGAACAAUCGGGAGAAAAGAAGCCCACGAAGAAACAAAACGAAAUUUUGAUACCAGAGAGAGAGAAAACAAAAACAACAAACGACGUCGCGAAACAGCCCGUUAAACCUCCACCGAGGAAAUCUAUAAGUCCUCUCGCACCGAAACAAAUCAAAUCCUCCGCAAAGAAAGAGGGACUUCGAAAGUCCGUGGAAUUUUCUGCAGUGGAACCAGUGUCUAUUUUAGAAGAACAAAGUGAAUCGACAAACGAGAAGCCAGUAUCUCCAGUGCAACAAAUGGCGCAGGUAAUAGAUCGUUUGAAAGAAUUUGAAGGAAGCAAAAUGGACCAAUUAGGGGUAACAACUGAAGAACCGAACCCCAAGGUGGAUACAACCAUAAAAGACCCGAUGGCAAAAUUACCAGAACCUGAAAAAAAGGAAGAAGAAGUGAACGCUGCUGCAGAACAUCAAAUGAAAGACAAACGAAGCAGUCCUGAUGAAACGAGUGCCGGACAAAAACCUGAGGUCCUCGCCAAAAUAAACGAGGAGAAAUCGGAAACAAAACCUGUCACAAAUGCUACAACUGUGAGCGAAUUUAAUUUGGGGAACAGAGAGAGUAGCUUUUCCACUGAUAAAUCCGAAAGCGGCUACGGGAAGCUCGACGAUUCGGUAACGAAGCAAGAAGAUGGCGCAAAGGUGGAUCAAGGCACUCUGCCUGAGCCUAAACCUGACACGGGAACGCAAGGAACUGUCAUAGAUGCUUCCUUGGCCAAAUCAAAGAGAACUCACAUUCUUCGAAAGAAAAACAAAGUUGAACCUGGUGAAUUCAAGCAUGCUGACACGACCGUUCAAACUUUGAUCCGUGAUGAUGGCGAUAGCGGUUUACCCACUGGUAAAUCAGAAUUCGAGGAGAAAAGCGAGGUUUCAUAGACGAAAAAGAUAUAAAUAUUUGUUAUGCUUGCAAAAGGCUGCAGGUAAAUAUUACUGCUUCGAUAUUUCUAAUUACGAAUUUGCAAAUGAUUCAACACAUCGUGAUUUCUGUCAAAAUUCACAUAGGGCCCUCUAGCUUCUAG